UUCAUUUGUCAGUAUUUGAUUUCGGAAGUAGGUCCUCGAAGUUUUUCAUAAUAUGGACGAAAUUGAUAAGGAAAAAAUAGCAGCUCUGCAUUCACAACUACUUGUCACAACAAUAUGUCACCCUAUGGAGUAUGCAAAAGUGCUCAUUCAAUUGGGAUACGAGCCUCUACCGCCGCGGCGUUCAACAACCCUGUUCGGUCGCCCUGCUAUGAUAUUACCUAACGUCUUUCAAUACAUCAAAUAUAUCAAGAAGUCGGACGGUUUCUUUGGGUGCUACAGAGGUUUAUCUGCCAAAGUGCUUGGUUUAGUUGCCUCCAGUCAGCUUACUUCUAAGGUAAUUUAUGCCUGCGGUAUCGAUCUGCCCGAACUCAAUGAUCCUCCUAACAUUGUUAACGACGACGAACCUAAAAUUGAAGAUUAUUACAAGCUGUGCCGUCGAGAUAUGAUCAUGCACACUGCAUCUGUGAUAGUAUCUUAUCCUUUCCACGUCGUUUCUGUUAGGAUGAUGGCUUCAUUUAUUGGUAAAGAAGAAGAGUAUAGUUCUUUAUUGGGUGCAAUUGUAUCCAUUUACCGGGACGAUGGUUUACUCGGUUUCCUGCAUGGUAUUGUGCCUAAACUACUGGGAGAUUUAACUUGUGUUGCCGUCACUGGCAUAUUGGCCUACUUUGUAAACAAAUAUUUGGUGAAAACGAAAGAUCUACGUUAUUAUACUGUACCAUUACUAACAUUUGUUACAAGUACUGUGACCUAUCCGCUAGUGGUUGUGUCUACAUGCAUGGCUGUAGCGGGUAGCAGCCUCCGUGCAGGCAAUCCUCCAUUGAUGCCUGCUUAUCCUACAUGGUAUGCUUGCUGGCGAGAACUUGGUAGGAACAAGCAACACAAACGUGGAUCAUCACUUAUCUUUAGGUACUACAUUGCUCCAAUUGCAGCUAUGCAGUAAAACCUCAACCCUAAUAUACAAUUGCAUUUAUCCAUUUGCGUUUAUUUGCUAAGUGUUAUUCCACAUUCACCAAAGUAGAGAUUUUGACCUCUUGUAGAAACUAAAUGUGUAAAAUGUUUACUGUAAAUAAUUUAGUAUAAAUGGUGUAUCAUGUGGAUUCGUUUUGCUAGAUUGUUGAGUACAGGAGUGGUUAUAUUUAAUAAAUAUAUUUUGUUCGACACUA